CGCAGGUGGUUGAUUGGUGUUGUCUGGUCGGAUCGCCGCAUCUCGUAGCUCCGCCCUCGAUUGAUUCAGUCUGCUCGACGUUGCGGGUUGCUGCGCAGCGAGUGAGUGCAGAAGCGUCCGACUGGGACCGGAGGGAGAGCAGUGGAGGAGCUGAGAUUAGUGUUGUUGCAACGGAAAAAAAAUAAAAAAAAAAUACCUCCACUGCUGUUUCACACGCUGCGACCUCUGGAUUAAAAGAAAAAACACCCCGCGGUUUCCUCACAGGUUUGACCGAGAGGAAGGAGUGAUAUAAACAGUUUUUUUUUUUUUUUUUUAUCUUGUAUGUUUUCUCCCACACUGAGAGAAGUUUUGAACGCGGAGUUCCGAAGAGUAGUCUCGGGGUGGGCUGACUGAGCUAGCCUGGCCCCUCCGUCCCCGGCCGGCCAGCCGUAAGCGACCCCCCCCCCCGCCGCCGCUGCUCUGCUCUUCCUCCAGUUCUGCGGCGAAUCAUGGCGCUCAAAGCCCGGGCGCUGUACGACUUCAACUCGGAGAACCCCGGGGAGGUGUCGGUGAAGGAGAACGAGGUGCUGACUCUGUACAGCGAGCAGGACAUCGACGGCUGGUUCGAGGGGGCGAACAGCAGAGGGGAGAGGGGGCUGUUCCCCGCGUCCUACGUGGAGGUCCUGCGGAGCGACGUCGCCUCCGCGCCGCUCAACAACAACAACAGCGGCGGCGGCACAUCUGGGGACACUUACCCGGACUCCCGGUACGCCAACAUCCCGCCGGGAGGUUUUGACGGCUCGAGUAAGCCUCAGAGUAAAGUGGAGAACUUUUCCAAACCGCCUGUGCCCAGUUUGGCCACCAUAUCGGCCCCAACCCAGCAGCAGCAGCAGCAGCAGCAGCAGACGUACCAGCAGCCCGGCCAGGGGAGCGACGAUGACUGGGACGACGACUGGGACGACAGCUCGACGGUGGCGGACGAGCCCGGGACCGGGGGAGGCAGGUAUCGGGACUUUGAGGGCAACGGGGCGUCCACGUACAGAGUGUCAACAUCCUCCAGAAGUAACGCACAGCAGGCGAAGAGCUCGGCCACGGUGAGCAGGAACCUGAACCGGUUCUCCACCUUCGUGAAGUCCGGAGGAGAGGCGUUCGUGCUCGGGGAGGCGUCGGGCUUCGUGAAGGACGGGGACAAGAUCUGCGUGGUGCUGGGCCAGCACGGCCCCGAGUGGCAGGAGAACCCGUACCCGUUCGCGUGCACCAUCGACGACCCCACCAAGCAGACCAAGUUCAAGGGCAUGAAGAGCUACAUCUCCUACAAGCUGACGCCCACGCACACGCAGACGCAGGUGAACCGCAGGUACAAGCACUUCGACUGGCUGUACGCGCGGCUGGUGGAGAAGUUCCCCGUCAUCUCGGUGCCGCACAUCCCGGAGAAGCAGGCGACGGGCCGCUUCGAGGAGGACUUCAUCUCCAAGCGCAGGAAGGGCCUCACGUGGUGGAUGAACCACAUGACGAGCCACCCGGUGCUGGCGCGGUGCGACGUCUUCCAGCACUUCCUCACCUGCAACAGCGCCGACGAGAAGGCCUGGAAGCAGGGCAAGAGGAAGGCGGAGAAGGACGAGAUGGUCGGGGCCAACUUCUUCCUCACCAUCAGCACCCCGGCGGCGCCGCUCGACUUCCAGGAGGUCGAGAGCAAGAUCGACGGCUUCAAGAGCUUCACCAAGCGGAUGGACGACGGCGCGCUGCAGCUCAGCGCCACCGCCAACGAGUUCGCCCGCAAGCAGAUCACCGGCUUCCGGAAGGAGUACCAGAAAGUGGGGCUGUCGUUCAAGGUGCUCGGCCAAGCCUUCGAGAUGGACCAGCAGGCGUACUCGGCCGGGCUCAACCAGGCCAUCUCCUACACCGGCGACGCGUACGAGGCCAUCGGGGAGUACUUCGCCGAGCAGCCCGGCAAGGACCUCGACCCGAUCAUGGAUUUGUUAGCUCUCUAUCAGGGACACCUGGCGAACUACCCAGACAUCAUCCACGUGCAGAAAGGAGCCCUGACGAAGGUGAAGGAGAGCCAGAAGCACGUGGAGGAGGGAAAGAUGGACCGGGCACAGGCGGACGGCAUCGACGAGCGCUGCAACAUCAUCUCCUGCGCCACGCUGGCUGAGAUCCAGCACUUCCACCAGAUCCGCGUGCGCGACUUCAAGGCACAGAUGCAGCACUACCUACAGCAGCAGAUCGCCUUCUUCCAGAAGAUCACGGGCAAGCUAGAGGAGGCCUUGCAGAAAUACGACAACGCGUAACAGGGAGCGCUUCCUUCGCCCUCCUUGGACCUCGGCAAUAGAUGGCGGUGCACCUGCCCCCCCGGGCGGCCAGUGGACUUUUGGCAAACAACCGCCGGUACCACUUACUGGUGAACGGCGUUCAACCAGCCGCAGGGAGAGACAUUGAAGGGGAUGCCGCUCCAGUAAUAAUGACAACCACUUCGAGGUUGUUUUGGGGGGGACUAGAUGUUCAUGUUUAAGCGAGGACGUGUAAUUUAAUGAAGUAAGGCCAACAAACGACAGAUUUACUGAGAAUCAACAGUAAUGAUGGCGCACCGCUCGGUCUGGCGGGUGGGUGAAUUAAAUUCAAUCAACGUUAAGAGCCUUGUAUCUGCCGCUGCGUACGCACGCAAGCGUGUUUCUGAGCCUUACAACCCUGUUUUAAACUGAUUGCCACUCCAGGAGCAGCGCUUGCUCCAGUGGGCUAACACGCUGCCUUCUGGGAAAGCACUUGAGCCCUUCCUGGUAUCUCUCUCCGUGGAUAGACAGGGACAAAAUGUUUACAGUCUCCACCCGCGGAGCCGCCACCGUCACCACUGUCUCGCUGUGCCUUCUGAUUACGUCUCUCCGGCCAUUUUUUUUUUUUUACUAGUUACUAAAAAACUUUAUAUACUGUAAAUGUUGAAAUAUAUUCUAUUUGUUUUCACAAAGCUACACAUUUUGCAGACUUAGAAUGAUUAAAAAAACAUCACUGUGCUUUGUACAAGGUCAGAGUCUUUCACAGGAGAUAAUAUUGUUCGAUUGUGCUGUUUGUCCCCCCCCAAAGUGGCCCAAGGAUUGAUUUUUUUAACACUCACAGUGUGACUAAAUCAGGAUCAAGAGAGGAUUACCUGCUUUGACAAUAGGAGCCCGUCGCCUUACACAGGGCACAGCCAGCACCAGUGCUUUUUAUUUAAGGGACGGGUAUGAUGGACACUUUCCAUGCCAGAUACUUGAAUUUGUAUCGUCAAAACAAUGUUUUUUCAGGCUUAAUUUUUGGGAUAGUGUUUCAGAGGCAGGCUGUUAUAAUAAUGCAGUCUUUUUAAUAGCACACUUCUAGACAGUUAUGCUGUUUUUUUUACCUUCAUGAUGUUGGUCGCAUAAUGAAGAGAUUAAUAUAGAAGCAGAGACGCAAAAUAAAUUCCUCCUUC